AUGACAGCAACCAUUCCCAACCUCAGCCUAGAUGGAGGCCUUGAGAGAUAUUUGUUGAACACGCCGCCGCAGACCCUGGCGGUCGGAUGCAUCGAAGACUCUUUAAGCUAUGGCUAUUGGCAAAUUGAAGACUUCACGUACGAGAGUAAUAGAGGUGCCGAACAGAACCUUGUUGAGUUGAUUUACUUUCGCGUCACAAGUCAGAUCAGUGAUCUGAAUAUAGAGUGUUCUGUCUCCUCUGCCUCGUCCAAUUGGACUUCCAUAGACCCCACCUCAUCAGGGUAUUGCGAAAGCUCGAACCCUGCCACUACUUUCAAAUUCUAUUAUGCCCCCGACUCAUCGAACGGGUCUUUGACUAUCAAUCAAAUAUGGAGUUGCCCAAGUGAGGAAGACGGAACUCAAAUUAUAUUCAAAGCAGGCGCAGACGCCAAUUUCGUCAUCGACACGGAUUCUCCUGGUAGCCCAGUAUCAAUCUCUGAGACUGGUCAUGUGAUUAUUCCGUAUUCGCUCCUGGCUCCCAUCGAGAUAACUCCUAGGGACGAGGUUCUUAGCUCACCUGCUGGGAGUAACAACCCUGCAUGCAGAAAGGCAUCGGAAACGCCGAUGUGGACCUUUUCUGAUGUUAAGUGGGUGUGGUUCAACGAAUCACGAGAGUCUCCGCCUACGCCGCGAGGGGCUCUAGCUGUGACAUUACACAACGGCAUCACUAACCAGACUACAUCUUGCUUGCAUACUGGCGGGUUAGAUCUAGUUCCUCUGGACGAGGAAGCGGAUUGCGAGACGCGGGAAGAUGGUGACUGGACCAUCUGCUCAGGGUCCGCUUGGGUCGAUUCAUAUAGCGGACAGUAUUUGGGCCAGGCCGCGGUCCGGUUCAAUGCUUGCGCAAGAAAAGUUGAGAUCGUUGAAAGCUGGUACUGCGGGGGCGAUGAAGAAGGCGAAGGGCUAAAGGCAUGGAAGUAUCAAGUACAUUCCGGCGGUGACCCCGACUUUGCUAUACCUAGUGCCUUCAUAAGCAACGCCACACUCUGUGAAGCCAUCAUGGAAGAUAGUGCCGUGACCGGCACCAUUAUUGCGGAACACAGCCUCUUGAAAAACGCUUUCGACUUUCAGUAUCCUAGAGAAGGAGGAUGUCUUGUCGACUCGAUUCGGCCGGAAAACUGGUAUUGGAACUUCUUUCCCGAUUACUUUUCUGUCGAGGUGGCUGAGGACGGAACGGUUGAGCGCAUGAAUUCUCGACUGGAACUUGGCGUGGCCAUUCCAUACGCGUCGGCCGCUUUCCACUGCUUCGUUCCCACGGUCGAAACGCUGGGGGAUUGCUACUCGCCUGUUAUACCAGGAGGUCGGUUCUUGGAUGCCAAGGGAGCGUAUAACAGCGAGACGAACCUGUUUUCAAUUGAGCAGUCGUGGGAGUGUUCUGACAGAAGCCCCCAUCAUCCCGUCAUGUUUACGGCUAAGGGCAGUAUAGAAGUCCCAGAAGGGGAUGGUGAGCCGGUCAGGAUGCCGAUGGAAAUCACUUGGGAAACUACGGAUAGAGAAGGCAGCAUCGGUGAAUAA